ACCAGGACGGAGGCAACACUGCAGAGCACGCGCUAAUACACUGACACACGCUCAAACACACGGCUACUCCAAGACCCAGCCUGGCUUUCCUGUACAGUAAAGGACACGGUGCCUUUUAGGGUUCAUUUCUACUUUUCAAAGGUGUGUGUGCCCCACCCCACGCACCACCACGGCCCUCACGUGUGUGUUGCGCUGUUUUCCGUGUGAGCCGUCUUGGGCCGGCAGCCCCUUCGUGCACCGCGCACCAAGCCCGCCUAUGCUCACCAUGACGCGCUCCAAAACCUUCCAGGCUUACCUCCCUACAUGCCACCGGACCUACAGCUGCAUCCACUGCCGUGCACACCUCGCCAACCAUGACGAGCUCAUCUCCAAGUCCUUUCAAGGAAGUCAAGGCAGAGCUUAUCUUUUCAACUCUGUGGUGAAUGUAGGUUGUGGUCCAGCAGAAGAGCGAGUGCUCCUCACCGGCUUACACGCAGUAGCAGACAUCUACUGUGAGAACUGCAAAACCACGCUGGGAUGGAAAUAUGAGCACGCCUUUGAGAGCAGCCAGAAGUACAAGGAGGGUAAGUUUAUCAUCGAGCUGGCCCACAUGAUAAAGGACAAUGGCUGGGACUAAGGGCUGAGAGAGCCUUAAUGGAGUAUGGAUGAAGCCAGUUCAGAUGCUGGCUGUGCGGGUAAACAAGUGACGCUGGUUUCAUGUCGCCUUCUCUCUUGUAUUCGAUUUAACAUUUCUCCCACACACUCACACACACACACAAACACUCCAGGGUUGCCGGUGAAGAGUCAGCAGUUCUGAAUAAGGCACAGAGGAGAGGCAAGCCUAGGAAGAGUGUACGUGUGUGUAUGUGUGUGCAUGUGUGUGGACAUCCCAGCUGAAUGAAUGAACAUGUGAAUACAUCCAACAACAGGUGUGUAGACAUGUACACUCACCAAGAUAUAUACACUGAGCUAGUUAAUUGCAUGUCCCACCUAUCCGAGCCCAAGACAACCCAAUGUGUUUGCAUGCAUCUGGGUUCUGCACCAAACUCGGCAGGGCCGUGGUAUCACAGAGGUGAAGAGUUUAUAUAGGAGAGUGCUACGGUGAUUAUCCCAAAUCCAGCUGAGUUUGGGUGCUGCCAGCUUUGGCCAACAAUGACGAGUCCCUGAAUGGGCCUCUGAUGGAGACAGCCAAUGAAAGAGGCCCAUAUGAGGGGUAAAACUAAUCAUAUAGGGAAGCAGCGCUUUCUAUUGAGCCCUCCCCGUCUCACUGUUUAUAAGAUACUAACAUCUUAUCUGGCUCAGGCCCUUCUUCUUCUUUGCCCUGACAUACAAAGCUGAAUGUUAACCAGUGUACAUAACUGGACACAUGGUGUUGUAUUUGGAUGGAAAAAAAUCUGUAUUCAGCGUUAUCCAUUAGCCGCCUGUGCUAGUCCUGCUUAUGUGUGUGAUUAUAUUUUAAUAAGUACUGCUGGGCAUGAGGACGAGGUUUUCAGAGCUUUCUCACAUGAUGUGAGAGUACAAUACUGCCUCCUUCUAACAAGCAUUUUAUAACUGCAUAAUAACUCCACAGAUUAAAGUCAGUUAAUUGUGACACCUUGGCGGUGCCUCCACAUCAACCAAAGAAGCUGUCCAUCUAUAAGUAGUUAAUUAAACAGUAAGUGGGCUGUAGUGACACGAAGAGCUCUGGAAAUUGCAAUGACCAGCAUUAACUCUCGCAGCGUGGCAUAGGCAUUCCCAAAAAUGACUAACCAUUUUCAUUGGUCUCAUGGUACCAAUAUGCAGUGAAUGCAAAUGCAUUUAGUAAAAUAAAAUAAAUUAGGGAUGCACCGGUUGUGAUAUUUAAAAUAACUAUUCGGCUGAUACUUGUAUGUUGUUGUAACUUAUUACCUAUUUUGUGCCAGGGGAAACAAAGAACACCUUCUUUAUUAUAUAUAUAUACACCUGGUUUUAAAGUUUGAGCCUUUCAUCACACUAUAUUUUAGUGAGCACAAAUUUUAUCAUUUAAAUUCAUGAAACAGCCUGUAAUAUAACCUUCUUUCACAAGACAGAUUGUCAAAAAUGACUGAAAGCCUCUUUAGCCUCUUACUGACCUACUCAAUGAGAAGAACUGUCAGUACUUCACAGAGGUGGGCAAAAUACACUAAUCAUGUACUUGAGUGAAAGUAAAGAUACUCUAUGAAAAAUAGGAUGCCCUCCAAUUCUAAUUAUACUUGAGUAAAAUUUCAAAAGUAUUUACCAUCAAAUUUACUUAAGUAUUGAAAGUAAUGAGCUUGUAUUAGUGUACAAUAGCCUCUCUCGCUCUGCUUUCUGAGUAUGGAUGUGCUGUUUUCAUCGUCGUCUGCAACUGUCUCCACUUCGGCAUUCAAACACCUGCUACAUGAUUGAGCAUUUCACAGAGGGAAGGCAAAUCAUGCAAUUUUGCAUAAUAACCAGCAGGUGGCGAUAUUACUUCUUCAAGUAAUACACACCACUGUGGUUGUUUAACACGAUGCCAUGCAGAAAUGUAGUGAAGUAGAAAGUUUAUAUAUUUAUCGUAGGAAUUAGUGGAGUAAAAAAAAAAGUAUCCGCUAAUAAAGAUACGCAAGUAAAGCACAGAUACCAUAAACAUGUACUUAAGUA